CCCGCCGCCGCCAUCCUGGGGCCCGACGCGGCUUGGCCGUUCGGCACUCCGGCGGCGGCGACGCAGGGGGUGGACGGGAGGAGCAAUUUGCUCCUUUGGUUCUUCCUAACCAGUGUGGCUUAUUUUGUGCUAGUUCGGUGUUUAAUCAAAAACGGUUGCAUUUUGUGCCAUCUACAGAGUUCAGGCUUGACCUUAUAUUGAUCUCCAAUAUGCUGAAAAAUGGAGAGGGAUUUUCGUCCAAUCCAACUUAGAUAGUUGACCAACUUAGUUUUGUUUCCUAUUGGAAACAAUAGUCUCCAUGGAGAAAUUAAGUGGCCUCUGCCAAAGAAGUCUCACAUGGACUCUUUGCAAAAUGGAAAAGUCUGCAAUGAUGAUUGACUGCGACAAGUAUACUUGUGUAAAUUUCCAAACAUCUGACAAAUCUGACAAAUUGACAAAUUGCGACAAGUAUACAUUUUCUUCUUUGGUUUCUUUAGUACCCAAUCAAUCUCAAUCUGGCUUAUUUUGUGCUACUAGUUUAGUAUUUAGUCAAAGAUUGCUGCACCUUGCUCCUUCCUGGAAGGCAGAGAGCAUAGCAACAAAAAAGAAAAUCUAAUAAGAGGGAUCCAUGUGCUAAUUGCUCUAUUUGUAGUCCAGUCUAUAAUAUGCAGGUUAGCUAGAUACAUGACGUUUGUGUCUCUUCGUGCUUUAACAUUUAGGAAGUUAAGUUGUUGCGUCGAACUAAUAUUGAAUUCUAAUGCUGUUUUAAAUUUCUUUCCCAUUUUUGGCCAACUGAGAUCACAGAUCAAUUCAGAUAGUGUCAAAUAAAUCUAAUGUUGAUUCAUUCAUUUUCCUCACGGGAGUUUGAAUCUGUGCGCACAAGUAAAUCUGUUAGUAGAAGUCACACUGGGGUUGACCUCAGAUUGAGAAAGCAGAGAUUCUAUUCUUCGUUUCUUCUACAAUUGAUAUAUGCUGGAAUUUUAUCUAUUUAUGGGCCAGCCCAAUAGUACUUUCAGAAAUUCCUAAUAAAUCCUAAAAGCCCACGCAGCCCAUUCGUGCAAGGCAAGAGGUGAAACUAAAGUUUAGUCUCAUAUUGCUAGUUUGGUGGGAGUUGGACCUCCUUAUAAGGGAGGAUGUUUUCCCACAUGUAUGAGCAUGAGAACAAGAGGGCCAUUCACGCGCGCUCCUCCUCCGCCGCCCGCCUCGCCACGACGCGUCGUGGGUUGCGGGAACGAGCCGAUGUCUAAAUUUUUGCCACGCACUACGGGUAUACGAAAGGUCACUCGAGAGCUGAAUUUUUUUUUCUGUAGUGGAUACUGAAUACGAACGCUGCACCCUUCGGCUACUGCCUGUUUGUUUCGUCUCCCUCGUUCCCUUCAGCUUCCGGCGCAGUCUCUCGCCUCCUUCUCUUGCACCUAUAAAAGGGAGGUCGCUCCUCUCAGAGAGACGCAUCAGAAGACUCUCACUACUACAAAUACUAGCAUUAACGAUGGUGCCCAAAAACUCUUGGUCGUUGAACCCCCGAGUGGACUCCCCGCGUGGUGGAAACCUAUCUACAUAAUACGUUCAACAACCACGGGUCUGCCCGUCGCUACAUGACCGGUCGUUACUGUUGUGAUAUGGUUUGCAUGUACGUACAACUCUUAACAAACUUACUCUCCUUGCGCUCAAAAAGAAAAAGAAAAAAAUCUCCUCUCCGUUAUCUCUCUCCCGCUACAUCCCAACUAAUGUUGGCGGGUUCUCAAAAUAUUGGCGCUAAAUCUCUCCAGCCCCAACUAAUCUAAUUUGCUCCUAAUCCUAUUAGUUAGUCCUCCCGAUCCAUAUUUUUGCACAAAUUCCCGAUGGAAGUCUGCAUGGUCGUUCAUGCCCCUGCAUCUCCGUCCGGCGCCUCUGCUGAACCACAAAACUCCCCCGGCCACCGCGAUUCCUCCCCAAAAUGCUCGGUAGAGAUGCACUUGAUGGAGCAACCAGAUUCCAUGGUUGAGUUUGCUCACCAUACUACGGAUGAAGAGAACGUGCAAGGCGACAACAUGGUUGAGUUUGUUCCAGAUACAAUUAAUCAGGAGGUAGAAGAGUCUCCUGAUGAAGAACGGAGCAGCGAUGUCUCAAUAACCGAUGUCGAUGAAGACUCUAUUGAGUACCUGCGUAGGCAAGUUGUCGAAGACUCCGAGGAAGAAGACAAGCAAGAGGAAGUAUACCAGAAGGUCCGGAAGGAAUUUAAUGAAAGACGUGCUAGUGAUGCUGCAUUGAGGAGGGAAGCAAGAGCCAGGAAUGCAUCUAGGCAUAAGAGUAAUCUGAACAAAAUACGUAGAGACUUUUUGCGAAUUUAUAUUCCUGACUACUACAAGAUGGUGGAAAAAUAAAUAUUGUUUGCUAGAGAACAGUAUUAUUGUUAGUUUUUCAGUUUGGCUCAUCGGCAGCAGAAUUCAGGAUUAGUGCCUUUUAUUUGUAACAUUUGUUCUUGUCAUUCAUAUGUCAGGCUAUGAACAAGCGACUGACUUUUAAAUAUUUUCCUAUCCGUAAAUGGAUCUUCAUAUCC